GGAUGGACGACUCAAAGGAUUCUGCAACUGGCAAAGUCAGAGUCAACGGCAACAUCACAGCCAAAAAUAUCACCAGCCUCAGGGCCAAUACAAUGUAUUUUGCCACAGUGAGGGCUUUCAACACAGCUGGGACUGGACCAUCCAGUGUCCCAGUUAACGUCACUACAAAAAAAGCACGUGAGUAUCUUAAACAGCCAAUGACUUUUUAAAAAAAGCACAAGUGCACUUGACUCACAGUAACCUGCUGCAGCACAAUGCUGCCUAGUAGAAAAGCAUCAUAAAGUUCCACAACUAGUAUGUCUGUCCUAUAUUUCAAAAGGAAGUGAUGAUAUUGGAUGCUGAACUACAAUAACUGAUAAAGUUGCCACCUUUUUUUAAAAAAAUGCAGUGCUUAAGUACUGCAUGGGUAUUGGAAAUAUGUCUGUGUGUUACUAAAUGAAAAGUCCUCCCCUUCAUUCAGAGACUGAUUGGGCACCCAGCUUUCCCAACACGAUUAAAGCAAUAAUCGCAAGCAGUACACCAGUCAGUUCACUUCACCACAUGAAGUAAACCAUGCAAUUUACAAAAUUUCAAAGGGAUUAAUGUGGGUCACCAUGAAGUGCCCAGCCCACCAUAUUUCUUUGCUGUCCAAGUGCUACCCUUCCUUCCUGGUAGUACAGGCAGCUGUGCAAGGCAGACCCCUAAGAAAGCAACAUCUUGGAUUAGGAGACAACCAACUCAGAUGGAAAUGGCAGGCACCUCUGUCUGUUUCGAGUCUUGGACUAAUUUUCAACAGCUCCUGUCUAGGAAAUGAGUUGCCACAGGUCUGCAGUUUCUCUACAGGAAUUAUUGCAAAAGCUCUCUACAGAUGCACCUCUGGGGAGCUGUACUUUUCGAAAGCAUGGGCCAGAAUACUCUUCCAUUCUUCUCUUGCUCAACUCUUAUUGAGGGCUACCUUGUGUUACAAAAUUCCUGCAUGGAAGAUAUGUGCACUUAAUAGCAGCAGCAGACUAGGGGGUCUCAUAAUACAACACCAACAUUCGGCACACACACCCUGCUUCUCAUGCUCCAUUCUCAAUAAUAAUUGCAGCAUCCUCUGUUGUGCCCCCCAAUGCUCAGCACCCAGUGUGACCAAACUGGUCGUGCUCUUCUAAAUCCACCUCUGCUAACAGUAAGCAGUUCUAAAUCAAUGAAUUAAGUCCAAUCCUUUUAAUAGAAUCUAGUAUAGGGGGUCAGCAACCUUUUUCAGCCAUGGGCCUGUCCACCGUCCCUCAAACCAUGUGGUGGGCUGGACUAUAUUUUGAAAAAAAAAUAUGAACGAAUUCCUAUGCCCCACAAAUAACCCAGAGAUGCAUUUUAAAUAAAAGCACACAUUCUGCUCAUGUAAAAACACCAGGCAGGCCCCACAAAUAACCUAGAGAUGCAUUUUAAAUAAAAGGACACAUUCUACUCCUGUAAAAACACGCUGAUUCCCGGGCCGUCCAUGGGCCGGAUUGAGAAGGUGAUUGGGCCGCAUCCAGCCGACAGGCCUUAAGUUGCCUACCCAUGAUCUAGUAUGUGUAUCAUUUGAUGGAUUUUGUUACUUGUUUGGGAAAUACUCCUUUUGUCAUUUUGAAGGCUUGAUCACAUUUACAGCUGGAAUUUCUACUAACCUUCAGUUGAACAAGGUGCAUGUAACAUUAGAAAUUUCAGCACCUUAAGAAUAGCAGGAAAAAGAAAAGGGUGAGGAUAUGAGAUGGUCCUUUUGUUUGUUCUUCCUUUCCAUUGUUAAAAAUGGAGGAAAAUAACAUUUUGGCCUAACGAGCGUGGCUGCUUCAUUAUAGCACUACUGCAGAAAUUCUAUAGUUCAUCAAAGGGUUAGAAGUGUUCCACACUCAUUCAUUUCAAUAGGCCUUUGUGCACCUGAAUGCUGGAUUGUUUUUAUGGGGUUUAAUGAGUAUAUAUCUGUUUUCAGUUUCUCCCAGUAGUGCCAGACAAAAGCCUGGUACAACCUGUAACUUCAAAAUAGUGUGGAAAGAGAAUAUCCUAGCAGCCAAGAAGAAUCACAUCACAAUUGAACUGUGAUGUAUUGUGAGGAGUCUAAACUGACAUACCUUAAAAUUCCAGAGGAAAAAUUAGAAUAUGGUGUAAAUAUUCCCUCAGUUUCCCUCUUUGAUUAAGCAUCAUUGGAAAUGCAUGAGAGCUGGAAUGGUGUUCAUAGUCCUCUGUGAAAAUAUCUCAAUGUUCUCCACCUAUCUUCCAUUGAUUUGAUGAGCCUACUAUUCAUCCUUCUCAUUCAAAAUCACCUUGGGCUUACGAGAAAUAGUGAGUCCCCAGUAAUACCUUUUAAUUAACUGGAACAUCACCUUGCCCUUUUUCGUUUAACUCUUUCUCCUUUUUAGGUUACGUAUGGAGAGGUGGCCACUAAUGCACAGGUAAAGGGUGUUUUGUGGUUAUUCAUUUUUAAUGCAUGCAGAAUCCUUAUAAACACUCUUCUGCAUAGUGCACAUCAAAGAGGGAGUGGACGGGAUGAGGACUUCAAACACUUUCCAUAUCUUACACUCAGUGAUAGAAGAGAAUAUAGAAUUUGGGUGGAGGAAGUAUCAUAAAAAUGGGGGGAAACAACAAAUCCAUAAAAUGGGUGGGAUUCAGAGUCUCCAUGAGCAAAUGCUGCUUCUAGGGUGCUUCAACAGAGGAAAGUAGGGGGUAUAAGUGAUUUUUUCAUUGAUUCUUUCUUCCCCCUGCAGCCCCCUGUAUGUCCAGAAAAACUGUUCUGUGGGGUUGGAGGAUACUCUGGAACAGUGUGGGAGGUGAUACCCUCGUCCCUGGCCCAGCCCUAUCAUUGGGCAGAAUGAGAUGGCCACCUCAGGAAACUGAAUUUGACAUCAGGAAAGGGCAAGAAAUUGUGAUUUUUACAUUUAUUAUUAUUAUAUUCUCACUCCCAGAUGCAACCCAUUGCAUUUUAGUAAGGCCAUGGAAGUGAGAAUCAGACCAAAAAACAUCAAACUAUUAACAACAACAACAACACAACUAAUGGAUUUUACUUGUGGACUAACUUGCAUAGUAAAGUGAACUAUGGAUUGUUUCGAUUUCACCUUUUCUAGCUUUAUAUUUUUAAACUGCAUCCUAAACACACUUGCUAGUAAAUCAGCCUACUGAACACAGCAGGACUUGCUUUUUAGGAAGCAUGCAUAGGAUUGUGCUGUUAGUCUUUCACAGGUAUAUGAAGUGUACCUCUCAUACAAGAUGGUACCUGAAAUUGCAGAAGACUCAUUAACAAGGUCAUCUGUUGCAUCCUUCUAUUGGAUAGUUAAGUUCAGUAUAACAUAGUAGAAUGUAAUAUAGUCCUCUCCAGAAAGAACUAUAUCCUCACAUGUUCAUGGAUGCAUUGAUGGGAGAGUUGUGUGGGAAUGGGACAAUGUGGACCAUCUGCUAAUCUCCAUGCAGUCUGAUCUUCUUCCUGUUUUUUGAAUUGCAUAUUCAGCAGGGAGAACCUACACACCUCUAGCUGAAUACACAAUUAAGGUUCAUCUGCACAAUUUGGAUUCCAAAUUACAUGGAGAACACCUGAAUGCAUAUAGGUGGGCAGGCCCUCCACCAAAUGCAAGGAAGUUGGGAGGGUGGAGCUGGAAUGGAUGGAGGGAAAUUUCUGAAGAGGACUUAAUGAAAUAAAACCAGGCAUCUUGAGGGAAGCUUGUCAUUGGCUUAAAUGCCAGCUAUAGAAGGCUCAAAUAAGUAUCCUUCCACACAGUUCUAUCUUCCUACUUCACAGAACUAUGAUGUGUGGGAAUGUGCACCAUAUAACUUUGGAGAUAGUAAGAAAUCUGGUUAUACUUUGUAUAUUUUUUUCCAGCUGUGAACUUGUGGUCAGUCUUUAUAUGAACAAAAAGAAACUGUUUCAAUUACCUUUAAUCAUUUGCUUAGUUGUUUCUCAUCAAAACUCUUCUGUGUCUUUUUAAAUAAAAUCAGAUCAGAGCUAAGAAAUAUGUCUAGAAUUUUCCAACUAUCUUUGUGAAAUAAAUAUUUAUGGAGUAAGAUAUAUUUAUGCCUUUCCACUUACGCAGGCAUGUACUGUAGAUAAUAUAUUUCACUAGUUGGCAGUGGCUACCCAGUAAGAAUCUAGUCUCGGUACCUCUUGAACCAAGACCCCAAGAAAUGGCACACACAGGGCAUUCAAAGCUUGAGGGAUAUUUUUUUUUACCAGAAUCAGGCCUGGAAAUGAGCAACAGGUGCUCAAAGGACUAAACAAGCCCCUCUCCAUCUCUGUUGAAGUCUGACCUGAAGAAGAGUUCCUGGCUUCAAAUCAUCUGUUCCAGAUGCCUCCACUGUCCCUACCACCCUACUAGUUUUCCCUGAAAACCAACAACCCUGCCCUGCGCCCACCCACAACAGGCACUUCUGUUCACUAGAGAUGGGAGAAGAUUUUGGUUUCCUCCACAAUUUGUAGCAAGCCUGCAUGGUUUAUAGCCCACCAAUUAUGCUCAGAUUGAAACAUGGACACGCAGUUUAGAUCACAUGUGUACACCCUUUCCAGGCAUGAUUUGUUCCAGCUUGCUUUCUCUCCCCCCCCCUUUUUAUUUUUUUAGUGAGGUGGUUUAAUUGACUCCUCUUAUCUGUUCUUUCUAAAAGACAUUCCUUGAGAAAAAGAUGACAACCUCCAUAUACCUAUGGGGGUGGCCACCUUCCCUCCCUCCACAUACGGCACCCCUGAAAAUCAACCAGGGACACUGUACAGAAAAAGAAAGGGUACCCAUAUAGCAUAGCUGUCAACUUUUCCCUUUUCUUGCGAGGAAUCCUAUUCGGAAUAAGGGAAGAGAGCCAGUGUGGUGUAGUGGUUAAGAGCGGUAGACUCGUACUCUGGGGAACCGGGUUCGCAUCUCCGCUCCUCCACAUGCAGCUGCUGGGUGACCUUGGGUUAGUCAAACUUCUCUGAAGUCUCUCAGUCCCACUCACCUCACAGAGUGUUUGUUGUGGGGGAGGAAGGGAAAGGAGAAUGUUAGCCGCUUUGAGACUCCUUUAGGGAUAAAGUGGGAUAUCAAAUCCAGACUCCUCCUCCUUAAAAAGAAGGGAAACGUUGACAGCUAUGCCACAUAGGUAUAUGAGGGUUGGCAUUUAUUUCACUAUACAAUUCCCAGGACGGGGAAGCACAUCAUAACAUAUUGCCACUUGCAGGGCUUUAUGAGUCAAAUGUUUUUGGUGAGUGUGGCAAGCAUCACAUUCCCUAGCUGGUUUGAGCUACAUGGUACGUUCCAGGCCAAUGAUUGUGGAAUAACUGUGGCACUUUUAAUGAAAUAUCUUCCCAGCAUCUGGGUGCAAAAGCAUACAGCUAACCAGAUUGUGGGCUCUAUUAAUAAUGUAAUUUGUUAAUAGUUUUUUGCUCAGUUGGUUCUGUUCUUCCCCGCCUGUUAUGAAUAGAAUUUGCUUCACAUAGGAAAGGCGAUUACAAUAAGAGUCUUUAAAUAGUUACUUUGAGUUUGAAUCAGUCAUAUCUGAGUACUUUUCAUGUUAACAGUUUGUGCAGCUUCUGUCUGGAAAUGAUGCAUAUUGUCCUUAUCUUUUAUUAAAGCCCCAAGUCAACGCCCAGCCAACAUUGCCUGGAAACUGACAAAUUCGAAGAUAUGCUUGAACUGGGAGCAUGUGAAAACUAUGGAAAAUGAGUCUGAAGUACUAGGCUACAAAGUAAGUAUGUUAAACAUAGGAACUCCUGUGAGUGGCUGUAUUUUAAGUAAAAUAUUGCUAUUUUUUAUUUGGAUCUAAAAAGCAAUUAUAUUCCUUCAUCAGCUUUUUAAGUGAAAUGUAUUCAAGUACAGAGCAUGUGCCAUGUUUGAUGGGCACUCAGAUAAUAAAAGUGGACUAUCCUGAGAUCCCAGGGAAUCUAGAUAAGUGACUCUGUAGUCAGUGCAGAAAACUGUUUUCACAUGAGACAUAAGUGGUGAACGCAAAUACAAAAUGUCAAUGAGUCUUACGCAAAUCAUGCUGCCACAAAUGUUGUUAUUUUUGAAAUGGAAAAUAUCAUUCCAAAGACUAUGGUAUAUGCAGAGGCUUUAACCACAAAGGAGAUUACUGACCACAAUUUAAAUUAAGAACCAAAAGGCUGUUCUUCAUCAUCACAUCUAUACAUCGAAGAUCAGAUAGAUAUCCUAUGUCAUCAGUCACAUCAGUCGAAGACAUAGGUUUCAUUGCGGUGAAUCUAUGAGGCUGUACCAGUUCUCCAGAUUGUGGGUUUAAUCCACCACUGCUCCAUGUAGAAAACUAGAAUAGUAAAGGUAGGCUAGAACCCUUUCCCCUGAGAAUCUAGUUCUCUACAUAUAUAGGUUUUUUUGGGUUUUGGUUUUUGUUUGUUUGUUUGUAUGAAGAAAAUACAUAUGCACCCCACUCUGCCAUCUAAGGUUGCAAUGAGAACUUGGCAACAUCAUCAUCAUCAUUAUUUAUACCCCACCCAUCUGGAUGGGUUUCCCAAGGAAACACAAGAGGAGUUGUAAAUUCCUGAUUUUAACUAAAGUUUAGUAGUCCGUGGUUUUAUGGAUGGUAUUUUAUAUUAUUGCAUUAUUGCAUUAUGUAUUGUAUUAUGAACCUACAUUAUGCUAUGAUCCUAAAUGGAUUAAGAGCAGUCUAUAAGAGAAUCAGAUAAGAAAAUCAGUUCAAAAUAACAGGAUCUUUAUCACGAGACUCUUUAUCUUGUUAGUCAUGUUAGUCAAACUGGGUUGAGAGCCAUCAAAUAUAAGAAGGGAAGUGAUCCCUUUAUUCUUGUUAUCCCUAUGCAUGAUCUGAGCAGAGUGUGCUGAGGAAACAUCUGACCAAUUUCUCUGUCUCUGAUACAUGACUAUCACCUGCAGUUGCCAUGUGGAGAUGUACUAUGGAAAGGGAGGGAAUAAGGAAGGGUAUAGUUUCUAUCUCUGCCUCCUCUCUUGAACUAGAUGGACUGGUUAUAGGCUCGCUUUGCACAUCAGGUUCAACCAUGCCUAAGACAUGGUCUAAUGAUCACCUGCAGAUUAUCAAAGUAACUCCCUCCAUGCCACCUACUUCAUACCUUCAGCUGUUUCUCCAUCCAACAUGGCUUAAGCCUUUGUGGUAGCAUCUGCUAGCAUUGCCUAACCCAAUAGAAUCAUAGAAUUGUAGAGUUCGAAGGGACCCUGAGAGUCAUGUAAUCAAACCCCUACAAUGCAAGAAUCUCAACUAAAGCAUCCAUGGCACAUGACCAUCCAACCGUUACUUAAAAACCUCUAAGGAAAGAGAGUCCACAGCCUCACAAGAGAGUCUAUUCCACUGUUAUUACUGUCAGAAAGUUCAUCCUGAUGUCUAGUCUUCUUUCUUGUAACUUGAAACCAUUGGUUCAGGUCCUACCCUCUGGAGCAGAAGAAACAAGCUUGCUCCAUCUUCCAUGUGACAGCCCUUUAGGUUUUUGAAGAUGGCUAUCAUAUCUCCUCUUUCCCAGACAAAAGAUACCCAACUUCCUUAACAAUUUCUCCUAAGUUUGGUUUUCAGAUGCUUGAUCAUCUUGAUUGCCCUCCUCUACACAUGUUCCAGCUUGUCCAUAUUCUUAAAUUGUAGCACCCCAAAUUGGACACACUAUUCCAUAUGUGCUUUGACCAUGGCAGAAUAGAGUGGUAUUAUUACUUCCCUUGAUAAAAAAAAACUAUACUUCUGUUGAUGCAACCUAUAAUAGCAUUAGCUUUUUUUGCUGCAUCACACUGUCUACUCUUUUAAGUUAAUGGUAUACUAAGACCCCUAGAUCCUUUUCAGUAAGUCAGGUGUCUCUCAUCUUGUAUUUGUGCAGCUGGUUCUUCCUGCCUAAGUUUAGAAUCUUGCAUUUUUCCCUACCGAAAUUAAUUUUGUUAGUUUGAGCCCAGUUCUCCCAUAUGUUAAGUUCAUAUUGAAUUCCGAUUCUGUAUUCUGUGGCAUUAACUCCCCCCCCCCCCCGGUUUGGUGUCAUCUGCAAAUUCAUUUAAGGUAGAUACGUGUUCCCUUACUACCUCUUUUCAAAUCUUGGGCUGCAGCUUCCUCCUUGCACCGUUUAUUCUGUUAUCACCAGGUUGGGCAUUGCUUUCCUUUUGGAUGAAGAGGCAAAGUAGGUGUUGAGCAGUUCCACCUUCUCUCUGUCACCCAUUAACAUUUCUCCAUCUUCUCCAUGCAGAGGAUCUACUCCUUGCUUGUUGUUCCCUCUUGUUUCAAACAUAGCUGGAUAAACCUUUUAAUAUUAUUUUUAACCUCUCUUGCAACACUGAGCACAUUCUGAGUUUUGGCCCACCUGACCUUUUCCCUGCAACUGUUGGCUACUCAUGUAUACUAUUCCUUCAUGAUUCCCCUUUCUUCCAUCUCUUAUACAUGUCCUUCUUAAAUCUCAGCUUAUCUGUAAACUCCUUAUGCAGACACAGAUGCCUCCUGUUUUUCUUGUUGGAAUUGCCUGCAUUUCUGCUCUCAGUAGUUCAGCUUUAAGAAACAUUCAUCAUUUUGGACUUUCUUCUCUUUCAGUAUUUCUGACCAAGAAAUCUCACCCAGUAGUUCCAUUAAGAUUUUUGAAAUCAGCCUUCUUAAAGUCCAGAAUGCAUGUCCGACUUCACUCAGCUUUCCCUUGCCUCUGUAUAAUGCAGUGCUUUUCAAAGGGUGUAGUGUGUCAGGAGAGGAUGGCAAGUGCGGUUGGAAGAUUCAAGAUAAUCAAAGAAACAUUUAAACAUUUAAGUCUAGUAUAGUAUAAAUUUGUUUUUAUUUGUAGAAUAUGGAUAGAAACCUUUUCAAAAUGAGAGAAAGAGCAUCAAGUGAUACUACAAGCUCACAUCUCUCAUUGAGUUUGUAUACAUACUUAAGGUACAUAUGUAAGAGAUUUGGUUAUAAUUCUAUUUUGGGAAUGAUUCAUGUUUUAUACAUUCUGGAUGUCCAAUUAUAUUACAAAGUAGUGAUGUUCUGCGUUAUAAAUCAAGCACUGUUGGAGUUGUUUCUUUUGGUUUUCCAAUAUAUUUCUUAUCCAUAAAAAAAAUGGUGUGUCCCAAACAAAUUUUUAUUCCGAAAGUGUGGCCCACAGGAAAGAAGUUUGAGAACCACAGGUAUAAUGAAGCCCAAGAAGACAUGAUCACUUCCUCCAAAAGUUUCAAAGUAGUUCCACUUUGUCGAUCAGUUUCUCCCUGUUGGUGAGGACCAGGUCCAAGAGAGAUCACCCCCUUGUUGUUUAUUCCACCUUCCAUAAAAUGGAAUUGUCAGCUAGGCAACUGAGAAAUGGUCUGUCACCACAUCCCUAUCUACAGGUCAGCUGUGAGAUCGUGAGAUCAAUAGAUAGGUUGACUUUGUGCCUGCCUUCUUUAAUUCUUAAUCACAACAUAAAAAUGGUGCCAUUAUCAAAGAACUGGUUCCCCCAUUCUUUCUGACAUGGGGCAAUAACAAAUCUCUACUACUUUGCAAAUAGUAUUCAUGUAUCUGGCCCCUUGAAAUAUAUGUAUUUAGCUGAGCUGGUGCCAGCUUGAAUGAAAUAUUAUUUGGGGGGAAGGUAAGCCCUACCCCACAUAAUUGAUCACAAGAUGAUCACACACACCAUUGAUCACACACACCAUUUGAAUGACAAUGGCCAUUAACUUUGGGGGAGGGAUGCCCCCUGAAACAUUUUAUGGGUGGGUUCAAAGGGACCUUGGCCCCUAGGAGUUGGCUCCAAUGGAAGGCACUUACAAGGAGGCAAGGAAUUCCUGUGACAAGGGCUUGAGCAGCGCACUUAACCCAGUAGCAAAUGGUGCAGGCAAAGCUGCAUUGCUUACCUGACUUCUCAACACUGCACUCCACUGCCAGUUACUAAGAAGGAUGAAGUGGUGGAGAACAUCAGAUUGGUGUAGCAUUGGCAAACCAGGUAAGCAGAUUUGCUCUGCCCACACAGCCCAUCUGGCUGCUACUGAUUUAGCCAUUGGAAAGCUCUGAGCAGGAAGGAAAUAAGUGCAUUUAACUCUCAUGGCUACGGUUCAAUGGAAAUCACACAUUAUGCAAAUGUGUCCACAACGGCAACUUUUUACAUUGUGGAACCCCUUGGGCUGCUUUAAGGAACCCCAGAAGCUCCAAGGAACACAGCGAGAAGUGCUGGAUUAUAAGGUUGAAGAUGUGUCGCUGCAUGAAAGACAGGGAGGCAUUGUGAACAUAUCCGCGCACCUCUUCAGAUUCCACAUGGGGAAUCUCCAUAGGGAUUUCUUGUAAGCAACUGGAGCGGUCUGUGUUUUUGCUGAAUGUGCCCACAGGGUGCUUGAAAAUACGCUGCAGAAAUGUUUGAGAACACAACCCACCAUGCGGAGAAGCCUUAACAAAAGCAAGCGGCAAUAAUAUGACAGGUCCUGCCCUUCUCUUGUUUUAUAUUUAGAUUCUGUAUAGGCAAAACCGACAAAGCACCACUCAUAUAUUGGAGACAAACAGUACAUCCGCUGAGCUGCUGGUACCUUUCGAAGAAGAUUAUCUCGUAGAAAUAAGAACUGUGAGCGAUGGAGGGGAAGGGAGCAGCAGUGAGGAAAUUAGGAUUCCAACCAUGUCCAGUGAGUUACCUCACCCCCCCCCUUCCCCAACACUGUUGCUGUGGUCCCUUGACUGCUGGGAAGAACUAAAGCUGGAUAGACCUUUGACACUAACUUGAUAUUAUGGUACCAGGUAAACCUGGGAACAGUCUCUUACGUGCCUGGUUGGGAAAAAGGAAAACCAAUUAACAUGAGGGGGGAAAUGCAGCAGAAUUUUCAGGGGGCUGCGGAUCUGCGGCUUGCUGAUUUAAGUGGAGGCUGCAGCUGUGUGGAAAUCAGUUACUGGGUCGGGUUGAAAUUAAACUCUUCAGCAUAAUAAUCCUCGUUAUUUACUAUUUUAAAGGUUCCUAAAAUAUACUGAGGACUGUGUAUAGGUUUAAACAGCCAAUGUCUCUGCCCACAGGCUCCCAGUUAUUUAUUUUAACUGAAGGGGAGGGGAGAUGGAAGGACGAAGAAACAGUUUGCCUGUUCCUAUGCAAAACAAGGGGUUGGUUUCCUCCCCACACACAAUUAUAGGCACCUGCACCUGUGAACUAACUGUACUGAAAAAAUCUCAUGACCUAUUCACACCUGCGGCCAGUGCUAAAAAAUGUUUAGGGGGUACUCUCAUUUUUCUACUCAUAUUGAGACCAAACUUAGAUUCACAAAAUGUUUAGGGGUAUGCAUCCCGUCCCCCCCAAAAAAGCACUGCUUGUGGCCAUCAAUUUAUCAACAGGCAUGUGUGAACUGUGGGAACUGGGAAUCGUUCAACUGGAAAAGAAACAAAAGGGAGGCGAAAGGAGAAACAAUGAGAGGGUAUUGCAAAAGAUAAAGAUGGAAUAACAUGAACAUGGAGACUAGGGGGCAAUUCUGUGCAAAAGGGGCACAGAAGAAAUGGAAAGAGUGUACAGAAGUGAGAUGAGAGCUUAGUUCAUUGAGGUGAAGGAACACCCUUACACGGAGCUUUAGGUAGGGUACAUCACUGUACUAAUCAGUACAUGUUUCAACAAAAGCUACUGAAGAGGGCCUUAAGGGGAUUUGGGGCAGGGGCAGGAUAUGGUGCAAAGCAUGGGGGCAAAUCCAGGUGUCCUCUCCACAUCCUCCCUGCCCUCCAAUGAUUCUUAAAUAGUUGUUAUUUUAAACCAGCUCUAGUAGUCUGGUACUGAUGGCUGGUUCUGCCUCCGCAUAGGGAAUCAGAAUGCACAGAGCGCUGGAAUAAGGAGAUAAUACGUUACCAGGGCUGGGAGCUUAGCCGUCAUUCUCCACUGCACAUCAAUGUCAUGUCAUGCCAAAGUUUAUUUCUGGGUGGCUUUUCAGCCAAAGAACCACCAAAGUGGCUCACUAAAGUUAAAAUGCAAGUAUAAAAUGUAAGUAAAAGAACGAGAGGCACAUUACAAAAUGCAAAUUCAAAGCAGCGAUCUCACUUUGUAUGGAUUUCUGCUUCUUCCCGCAUUAAAAUAUUUGGAUGAAGGGCAGAUGCAAAUGGUCUAAUUAAAUAAAUAAUAGCGCAUUAAAAGGUUUUUUUUUAAAAAAAAUAUACAGCAUCAGGGGCUCUGAAAACCAACUCCACUAUCAUAGAAGGCCUGGGAGCAGUACAUGGCCAUUCACUAGGAAAAGUAAAUAGAAGUUAUGAAAUGUGCAUCUUGAGAAAGUCAGUUGCAAGGGCUCGUUCCCCCCAGGCAGGAGGCAUGAUGACCCGACCACAGACCCUCCAAAGACUUUGGUGGGUGAGCAGUUUCAUAUGGGUAGAGUUAGGUUGCAAAGCAGGUGUUGUUCUAUUGAAUGGUACCAUCAGGAUAAGACUUUGGGGCAGAAAUCCAGGUACCUACACAGCUGAAUAAACAUGAGGGCCCCAAAUACUUCAACACCUGGCAAGCAUGCUGUAAGCAAAGUGAUAUACAUUUCCAGCUUAAGGGGUGUGGGCUUCCCUUGUAAUAUAAUUAAGUCAAGAGUUCAGAAUAAUCUAAUUGCCCCACUGCUUUCCUUGACUGAAAUCCAAACACAAAAUAUUAACUGGUUUGUGGGUUGAAUGUCCUAGGUCAGGCAUAGGCAAACGCGGCCCUCCAGAUGUUUUGGGACUACAGCUCCCAUGAUCCCAGCUAACAGAACCAGUGGUCAGGGAUGAUGGGAGUUGUAGUCCCAAAACAUCUGGCGGGAAGAGUUUGCCUAUGCCUGUCCUAGGUACUUUAUACUUUAUGCAUUGAACUGUACAGUUGCAAGUCUUUCACCAAUGGUGGAAUGAAACAGAGCAACGAAACAGUGCUUCUCAAAGUGCCAUCAUAGUCAACUAAUAGUAUUAGGCCUCAUCCUCCUGAAGAAAAAAAAUAAUCAAAAUGAUGGGUGGAGGGAAACAUGCAAAGUAAAGCAUGGUGAUUAUUAAGCACAUUAAAACCAGCUCUUAUCAAUAAUGCCUCGAGCAUGUGAAUUUGAGUGUACUUUUCUAUCUCUGUUUCUUUUUGCAGGUUUAAGCUCCAGAGGGAUGUAUACCUACGGCUCUGAAGAUUACAUAAUGACAACUAAGAUUAUGAUUCUGGUUUAUAUACUCAGCUCCUGAGUAUUUUGUUAAAUGGAGCCAACAAGCAGCCAUUGGACUUUUGAAAACAAAGCAGCCAUUGCUGGUCAGAGACUUUCCUCCCUUUCACAUAUUGGCACCUGUCAUCUCUGAAAAUGAAUUCUAUUGAGAAAGAUAAUGAAUUGCCCUUUAAAAUGUAAAUAUAAUUGAUUUAUUUCUCUUUUUUUAAAGCAUAUUUGCGUUUAAGAUGUCCCCAAAAUGAACAGAAGAGAGCCAAAAUUGUAAAAAAGAAAGAAAGAAAAAGAAAGCUAGUUUGUAUUGCAGGGAUCUGUUGUGAAAAUCCAGUAUAUCUGUAUGAGUUGCAAACAUACAAGAUAUCUACAACAACAAAACCCAGUGAUCAAUAUGAAAAAGGCUUGAAGUUGUUUGUGAUGUAUAACAUUAGCUG